CGGACAAUCUCUUUAAAACGUAGGCGAACCCAAUAAAAUUUGCUUUCAUGCUAAUUCAGUGCAUUGACGGCGAAAAAUUGAACUAAAACGAGACUGGAAAGACACUUUAGAGUUUGCCUGACCUUCACAUAAUAAUAAAAGAGAUUCGGUGUUUAUUUAUUUUUCGGAAAAUCAAUCAGUUUGACGAAUCCUCUUGCACAACAGAUAUCAGAUAUUCAUAAAGGGACACCUUUGUCAGCGAAUUGACGCAAAAUUACGAGAAAAUUACAAGAAACAAGUGGAAUAAAUGUGAAAUUUCAUUGGGUGUGACAUCCAUUUUUGUUGUACCUCUAUCUAUACGAUAUUAAUAAUUAAAUACACGUCAUUUUUUCACCCAACACAAAUAAAUAAAUAAAAAAGUUGACUAUAUAAGUCGAUUCAAGUGAAGAUUAUUAAAUCAUCGAGUCUAGAAAAAAUUGCGGAUCGUGUAAAAUCUUAUCAACACCUUUGUUAAAUUUAUUAUUGCGCAAGAAUUAUUGAACUUUUGCAAAAAUGGAGAGUUUAGUGUCUCCAGUUACGCUAAUUGUCAAAUCAUGCAACCAACAAUUUGAAGAUCAGGAAAUUCGUUGUGAGUUAAAUUGGACGAUUCGAAAGUUAAAGCAGCAACUGGCCGAAGUUUAUCCGACCAAACCACGAACGGAGGAACAAAAACUGAUAUAUUCGGGUCAACUGUUGCACGACACCGUCGUACUGAAGGACGUUUUGCGGAAAUACGAAGGCCAGGACACUCACACGGUGCAUCUGGUGUUCACACCGAAGUUUAGCGGUACCACAAUGAAGGAGGCGGACAAAAAGAAGACUUCCAGUUCGAGCAGUACCAGUACUCGUAGCUCGUCUGGACCAUCAUCGACGACGACGGCGACACAACAAUCGACGACAUCCAGUACUGACGGGGUCCGACACCGUACUAAUGCUGCAACCCAACAAGCAACUACGCAGCAACAACAACAACAACAACCAGUAAAUCCUUUCUUUAAUCCGAGCAUGUUGUAUGCGAUGCAACCGCCAUUGAAUGUCGCAACGACCACGCAAAAUCCCAACAGUCCCGACUACUUGGCCGCCCAACAAGCUGCAAUGCAAGCCUGGAUGCAACAAGCUUAUGCACAGUACUUCAAUCAAUACAUGAAUAUGAUUCAAUUCGGUGCUCAAGGAACGCCAUUGUAUGCGUCGGCAGCUACAGGUUUUCCCGCCAACUUCCAACACCUCUACACACAAUCACAAACGCCGCAAACCUCUGUACCAAACCAAAUACCACAAGUCCCGCAAAAUCAGGCGCCAGCCGUUGCCGUGGCCAAUGCAAAUCCCGAUGGAGCUGCAGCGCCACAACGUCGUUUCCCAAAUUUGGUCGUCGAAGAGCCCCAGGAGCCUCGCGACUGGCUGGAUGUCAGUUACACCAUGUUCCGUCUCGUCGUAAUUCUGACUCUAAUUUACUUUUACUCGUCACCCUUGCGUUGUCUUGCCGUCUUAUCAAUUGGUGUUGCCUUGUAUUUGUAUCGCACUGGUGUUUUUCGGAAUCAGCUUGAGCGAAACUUGAAUCUUAACAACAAUAAUAACAACAACAACAAUAACAACAACAACAACAAUAAUAACAACAACAACAGACCACAACCAGCUGGUGAGAAUGGCGCAGAAGGGGCGGCAGCAGAAGGAACGGGGGGAGAUGUUGUCGAUGCGACAAGUGCCCAAGACCAGAAUCGCACGUCGAUGCUCGUGAUGAUCAGAACUUUCAUCUUUUCCUUCAUUUUCUCGCUCAUCCCAGAGACACCGGCACUAUAAAAGCAUUGUUGUGAUCAUUCGAAAGCUUUUUGUUCUGCAUUAAAAUUGUUUUGUAGUUUGUAAAAAAAAGAAAGAAGUAAAAAAACUAAAAAAAAAAAUACUAGAUGUAACGAAAAUAGAUAAGGAUACUUUUGCAGGGACGCGCAAGGUAUUUACGUUUUUGAAAUAAUUGAAUUAUUUAACUAAACAGAGUAUAAGUUUUUCCUUGGAUUCAUUUAAGUAAAGGCGCUUUCGAACAAUUUUUGUUGUUCUAAAAUGUAACUUUAGUUUUUAUUAUAUUUUUUGUUAUAGAAAAUUUAUAUCAUUUAACCCUCAAUCAGUUCUUGCAUGAAAUGAAAUAUGAAAUGUAAAAAUAAAAUGUUAAAAAAAACUCCUCUAGAUAUGUAAGAGAGAAUCCGUUGGAUUCAGGAAAAUAUUUGAAGAUGAUUAAU